UGUGUCAAAGUGUUGCUGCCUCUUGUCACAGAGAGAACAGUUCCCUUAAAUGCAGCUGCAGCACUUUUGUGUGAUACCUGUCAGAGCCAUUCACAGGGCGAGCUUGGGUUUCUAACCAUGAUGGCAAGAUUGGUCUUUCUCCUUUUCUGUGGAUAUAUUGCAGUAAACCUGGGAAAUGCUCAGAAAUUGCCAAGAGUGAAAAGACAGAGCCUGAAAGUUCAGAUCAAUGCAACAGAUGACACCGUUUGCAUGAAGUAUCUUCGACCAAGUCAAAACAGCAAACUUGAAGGUUUUGUCCUGGGUUAUGGAAGCAGCUUCUUCUCUAAUCAGUACAUUCCUUUACCUUCAGAAGGAAACACCUACAUAACUGAACUUGAUGCAGAGCCCCGGUAUUUGGUUUCAGUAAGACCAGCACGUGUUUCAAAUAACAAGAAAUCUUGCUCAGGUCGGACCAAGACUCAAAAGCCUCUGCAGCUGGUAGUUGGCACUCUCACCCCAACCUCUGUGUUUCUCUCUUGGGGCAUCCUAGUGAACCCUCAACAUGACUGGACAGCAACAAGUAACUGUGCUAGUGACAGGUUCUAUACUGUUCGCUACAGAGAAAAGGAUAAAGACAAGAAAUGGGUUUUUCAGCUUUGCCCAGUUACAGAGACGGUAGUGGACAAUCUAAAGCCAAACACAGUUUAUGAAUUUGGAGUUAAAGACAACGUAGAGGAUAGUAUAUGGAGCAAGACUUUCAAUCAUAAGACAGUUCUGUCUAGUAAAAAAGUAAACGGACAUCUCCAGAAUAUGUACAAGUUGGUACCUAAUACCCAAACACAGCUUACGCUACGAGAUAAUAAGAAGUUGGUCCCUGUCACAAUAAUCAAACAAGUCAUUCAAAAUCGGACGCAGCCCAAAACUUCAGAUAGUUCUUCUCUGCCUGGAGCAAUAUUAGUGCACCUUAUUGUUCCGGGUCUCAAUGAAACUCAGCAGAAACUCUUUCCUCCCCUGACAAUAGAUGACAUACAUCAAGCAUCCAGGAAAAAACUGGCUAAGAAUGAAACCCAUGUAUGGCCUGCUGAAUCCAAAACACCAGAAGUUCAAGAAAUCUCCCCAGAGUCCCUUCCAGCUCAGGCUGAGAGAAAGCAUGGACCUAAGGAAUUUAAAUCAACGCCUAAACCCGAAUUGCAAACUCAAAACAUACUGGCUUCUAAUGAAAUACACCCAGUUCCUUCUGGAUCCAGAAUCUUUGAUGCUCCAAAAAGUCCGUUGACACAACUUGCUACUCAGAGUCCAACCUUGAAAUCUGUAUUUCUACCUUCAGCAGAAACCAGAAAGAUGGAGAUAGCUUUUGAUGAAACACAGCCUGUUUCUUCAAGAUUCAAAACAUCUGGUACCACAGAAGUGCAACCAACCAAGUCUGCUUCAUACGGUUUUCUUCAUGUUACUUCUACUCAAACUUUUACAGCUUCAGAAAUACCAGACACUGCUGGAUAUACUACUGAUCUGGAGAUAACCAUGCCUGUAGUUACCACAGAACCUCAUUUGUUAGAAACAACAUUGGAUUUAGGUGAAACGAAGCCUUUUUCUUCAAGAUCCAUAACAUCUGGCAUGCCAGAAAUGCCACCAGUCUCAGCUGCUACUCAGAGACCAAAGGUGAAGCCUUCUCCUCCUUCCAUUGCAAUCCAAGGGACAGUGGAGGCGACCCAGAGACGGGCUCCGGAAUCCACCUCGUCUGCUUCACCGGAAACCACGAGGACUGUGAUGGCUACCCGGCGACCAAGGCUGAAAUCUACCUCUUCUUCCCCCCUGGCGACCCAGCAAACAGUGACGGCUUCGAAUAACCUUCUUCAUGUUACUUCCACUUCCCAAAUACCUGCAUCUGCAAAAAUGUCAGAGACAGAGACUGCUACCCAGGAGCCAGGCCUGGAAUUCACAUCUCUUCCCUCCAUGGAAACCACAGAGAGCGUGAUGGAUUUUAUUUCAGCUUUUGAUGAAAAGCAGCCUGUUUCUUCAAGAUCUGAAACAUCUGGCAUCCAAGAAAUGCUGUCAGCUGUACCUGCUUUCACAACAUCGGUCCUGGAGUCAACCUCUUUUCCUCCUCUGGAAACCACAAGAACAAUGAUGGCUACUCAGAGACCAAAGGUGAAGCCUUCUCCUCCUUCCAUUGCAAUCCAAGGGACAGUGGAGGCGACCCAGAGACGGGCUCCGGAAUCCACCUCGUCUGCUUCACCGGAAACCACGAGGACUGUGAUGGCUACCCGGCGACCAAGGCUGAAAUCUACCUCUUCUUCCCCCCUGGCGACCCAGCAAACAGUGACGGCUUUCAAUGAUAUUCAACCUGUUCUUUCAAGCCCUGUGACACCUAGUAAGCCUGAAAUAGCAGAUACCGAAUCAGCAACAAUUGAAUCCAUUCUGGAAUCUUUUACACCUAAAACUUAUCAUCCUUUCCAAUGGCCAAGGGUAACAUUAGCUCCAAAAGAAAUACCACUUACUCCUCCUAAACCGAAACCAUCUGCUACCCCGGAAGUACAUCGUGUGAAACCUGCCCCUAAACCACCACUUUUGGAGCCUAAAACUUCUAAGACUGUUGAACAACCAAAAGCUACAAGAGCUCCCAAAGAAGGAAAACUCAAACCUUCUACAUCUAAACCUAGACCAUCUGCCAGACCCAAAAAGCCACGAACUAAACCUGCAGCAGCCAUUCCGGUGUCAGUCACUACUAGGAAACCCUACACAUAUGAACAUCCAAAGACUGCAGAGGUCUGGGAACCUAUUACACUUAGAGUUGAACCACCAAGGUCAACAGUAGCUCCAAAGGAGAUUCCACAUAUUCCUUCUAAACCUAAAACUUCACCCAAACUUCCUAUCCCACACGCUAAAGAUGUCCUGGAGUCUAUAACACUUAGAACUGCUCGACCAAAACCAACAAUAGUUCCAAAAGAAACACACCGUAUUCCCUCCAAACCUAGAACAUCACCAAGCUCAGAAGUACCACAAACCAAGCCUGUUCUGGAACCAAUUACAUUUAGGACUGAGAAACCAAAGUCAACAGCAGCUCCUAGAGAGACGCGUCAUGGGCCUUCAAAACCUAAAACAUCACCCAGUCCCCGUGUUCCUCCAACCAGAGCAAGUCCAAAAGAAAGUCGACGAGUCACUUUCAAGCCCAGAACAUCACCAAGUCCAGAUGUGCCAUACACAAAACCUGCUCCUAAAGAACCACAACAUGUACCUUUUAAACCUAAACCAGCUCCCAUUCCAGAUGUUCCACCCGGCAAGCCUGGAAUCUUUCCAUCCUUCCAUGAACCAGUUACUGCUAUGAUUCCUCAUGUUCCUGAAAGAACAAAGGCAACACCGGCUCCAAGUGAAAAACAAUUCAUUCAUACCAAACCAAAAAAACCUGAAAAACCAAGAGUGCCACACACCAAACCUGCAAUACAUCAAACAACCCCACAACCACUUAUUACAAAAUCUUCUACUACCACUGAGCAGUCAAGGGCAACAAUGGCUCCAAAAGAAACACUGCUCGUUCCUUCCAAACCCAAAACAUCUGUUGAGCCAGAAAUACCACAGACUAAACCUGCUCCAAGGACAACACACCUGGGAUCAAUUAACCUCAUAACAGUUCAUGUUGUUGAUGGGUCCAAAAUGACUUUGGGUAAUGAGAAUAUUAUGACAUUUUAUUUUUAUAACUUCACUUUCUCUGCUUUUGCUAUAUGGCUAAACUUAUCCUUUAAUCAACAGAAUUCCAAUGAAACAUACCAGAUUUCACCCAAACCUAAAACGGCUCUUGUAACUGAAAUUCCACGGUUACAUACAGCUCUUAGUAAAACUACACUAGCACCAGCUAGAACAAAAUCACCUGGCUUGCCAAAGUGGAUUGUGCCAACAACAGAUGACGUUUAUACACCUGAGGAUAUUACUAGACAAAUUGGCGUGGAUGUAGAAAAACCUUUUGAAUAUACUGAUACCCACGAAAAGCCAUUUUCUGUAACUGCAUCACCAAGACCUCAGCGUCCUCCUAUACCUCCUGUCAAGCCUACACCUAUGCGAAGAAAACCUCUGCCUCCAAAUACUGUGACUGGUAAACCAGGGAGUCCAGCUAAAUCUGCUGGACCAACAACACCUGUGAGGACAGGAAUUCCAUCUAAGACACCAACAGCUUUUGCAACUCCAGAGUAUUAUGUCGAUGCAACUGUCUUCAGUUCAAGUCCUACAUCAGAAACAGAUUCUUCAGGCAAACCAAGGUACCAAGCCCCUCAUGUCAAGUACAUGAAGAAAGAUGAUGAUGUGCCUUGCUCUAUCACAAGCUCUCUUGAACAUUUUCCUCAAGAAGAGGCUAGCAUCAAGGAAGAACCUACUCGUCCUCCACAAAAUCCUCCAACCAACCUCACAGUGGUGACUGUUGAGGGCUGUCCAACUUUCGUCAUAUUGGACUGGGAAAAACCAGACAAUGACACUGUUACUGAGUAUGAAGUUGUGUCAACUGAAAACGGAGCAAGUGAUGGUGAAAAGGAGAAGUCAAUUAUCACUACAAAUCAAACCCAUUCUACGGUGGAAAACCUAAAACCUGACACAAGUUAUGAAUUCCAUGUGAAACCUAAAAACCCACUUGGUGAAGGUCCAAGUAGCAAUGUCGUGUCUUUCAGUACGGAAUCAGCGGACCCAAGAGUGAGUGAGCCGAUUUCAAUGGGAAAGGAUGCUAUCUGGACUGAAAUCCCAUUCAAUUCUGACACCUAUUCAGAAUGCAAAGGGAAACAGUAUGUAAAGAGGACUUGGUAUAAGAAGUUUGUGGGUGUGCAGCUGUGUAAUUCUUUGAGAUACAAGAUAUACCUCAGCGAUUCACUUACAGGAAAAUUUUAUAACAUAGGAGACCAGAGGGGCCAUGGAGAAGAUCACUGCCAAUUUGUGGACUCGUUCUUAGAUGGAAGGACAGGACAGCAAGAAGAUCUACCAGUCAAAGACGGAUUUUUCAGGGCAGUUCGUCAGGAACCUGUCAAAUUUGGAAAAAUAGGUGGGGAGACUCACAUUAACUAUGUUCGCUGGUACGAGUGCGGAACAUCAAUACCCGGGAAAUGGUAAACGUGAUGUGAACCUGGAGAAAAGAUCCAGCACUAGCCAUCCCUCCAACUGCCCAACCCAGCUCAAAGAUGGAAAUGUAUGGUAUGCCUGUCACUUAAACAAGUUUGCUGACAUGUAAGGUUUAUGCAAGUCUAAUGCCAAUACUGCAUUAAUUGUGUAAUAGUGUAGGCUGCUUACUGUAGUUAUCCAGUUUUACAAAUUUUAGAUUUAAAAAAAAAAAAAAAACAGGUUAGGGACAUGGUGUAGGAUAAUGUGUAGGGAAGCUGGCUCCCUAUUCUUGAGGUAUGGUUUAUAUGGUAUUUUAAAAGAUACAGUGUGUAUAUUAUUUAUCACAAUUUUGUAAUAAAUGUUUAAGGCACAGUAACGGUAAAGUUGGUCAUGGAAUGCAGUGUGUGUUAUUUUUUAAAUAUUCACUGGUCUUAUUAUAAUGUAAGUGCCAUAAGCUAUCUGUCCAGAUAAAUCUGUAAUGUCUCCCCCUUCGUAAAUUAUAGAAAAGACCCUACAACGUUUAAUAUCCUGCAACCAGUAAACUUGAAGUGCUUUCUCCUUACAUGUACAAACAGUUUAUAUUCGUGCCUAGACACUGAAGCAGGUUUAUAGUAUGUGCAGCUUUAAACAAUCAGGUUAGUAUUUUUUUUCCAUAUUUUUUUCCAUAUUUGUUUUCAAAUGCAAGCUUCACCUCCAGCAAAACAGUAUGAUCAGCCUAUGACUAAAGAGUUAGAACUGUUACCCAAUAACUUGGCAGUGGUUUGCUUUACUCUAAUUAAAGCAGACAGGUACAUACAUACACUGAAUAAUAAUAAAAAUAAUAAUAAUAAUUAAACUGGGCUCCAUUGCCGUGGCUUUUCAUGAAAAUGUAAGUUUUCAGAGAAACUUCAUGGUUCAAAAACCAAGUGUAUGUACAAUGCAAGGAGGGUUUGGAAAGAUAAGUGAAAUGGAAAAAAAAAAUAAGCUAGUCAUAACAGCAUAAUCAGGUUUGUUUUAUUUAAAAAAAUGAUUUAAAACAUUGUUUGUUGGGGACAAAUGGGAAAUAGUGUUAACUAAACUGUUAAAAGUGCUUUACAGCAGUUAAAACCUCUCCCAAAGCUAUUGUACUGCUUGAACAUUUAUGACCUAAAUAAAGAGAUGUAGUUUUUUUUAAGAAGUGUUAUUCAUUACAUUAUUAAUGUAUUGAAAAAAAAUAUGAACAGGAACACCCAGAUAUAUAUAAAGUAGAAAUAGUCAUUUAUAGAAAAUGCCUUAUAAAGUACAUUGCAGGUACACUGUACGCCGAAUAAAAUAUUUUUUAAUCAA